AUGAGUCUGAGGCGAGGUCACUCUUGUGUCUUUUGCCAACAGCGCAAGGUCCGCUGUGAUCAGCAGAAGCCGUGCUCCAACUGUAUUCGGGCACAGGCGGAAUGCAAAGUGGUCGCGCCGCAGCCUGCAAGACGAAGAAAAAAGAAAUUACUCGAGCGAGAUUUGAUUGAACGACUCAAGAAGUAUGAAGCGCUCAUGACCCAGCAUGGUAUUGACUUUGAUUUAUUUGGCAAUGUUGGGGAUGAGGCAACCGAAGUAGACACUGAAGCCGGAGCAAGGGAAGCUCCGCCGGAGAGCAGUGCUCAAGAUCGCAGCUCUCGGAGCGAAGGCUGUCAGAGGCGCUCCAAGUGGUUUGCAUAUUACGAUGAAUAUCGGACGACAUAUGACUUGCUACAAAACUCCGAUGAUGACGGGACUGACCCGCCUCCAAUUCAUCAUGCCUUCGACAAGAUGUUCAUCAAUGAAUCUGAUGCAUUCCCCUUUGGCGUGGGUGGCUCGCCGACGCGCAUAACCCAUUUGCACCCAUCAGCGAUUCAGAUUUUUCAGCUCUGGCAGGUUUAUAUCAGCAAUGUAAAUUCAUUGCUGAAAAUCAGUCAUAUAUCUACCCUGCAGACUCAAAUUGUUAGAGCAAGUGCCGACUUGUCAAAAGUUUCCAAACCACUCGAAGCCCUUAUGUUCAAUAUUUAUCUCAUCGCCGUGAAAUCUUUGACAGACGAAGAGACCCAAAGUACCUUUGGCGAGCCAAAAGAAAUCAUGCUUGCUCGGUUCAAUCAAGCUGCACAGCAAGCCUUGGUCAAUGUGGGCUUCAUGAGAUCGAAUGAGCUGAUAGUACUGCAGGCUUAUCUCUUGUACCUUCACAGUGCUGGUCGUAAUGUUGAUCCUCGAACUAUGUUCUGUUUACUUGGCAUUGCCGUUCGUAUGGCAACUCGCAUAGGAGUACAUCGAGACGGUGCUCAAUUUGGCCUCUCACCCUUUGAGACUGAACAGCGACGAAAACUUUGGUGGCAGCUGGCUGCACUUGAUAAACGAAUGGCUGAAAUGACCGGCUCCUCCAUCACAGCUCUCUCUUCUUCUGGAUCGGACUGUCGCCUCCCACUCAACGUAAACGAUGCGGACUUGAACCUGCAUUCUAACGAGCCGCCAAAAGCAUGCAGCGGUCCAACAGAGAUGAUAUUUUGUCUCACACGUAUUGAGCUACUUAUUGCGGCUGAUCCAAACAGUAUUCGGCCCAAUUCGACAACCAUCAAGAAUCCACAAAAGCAUACCAACUCGGUGGUAUCUCCCGAUACAAGUAUUGGCGAAGGAUGCCGGCCAACCACCCGGGACCUGGAUCAAUAUUGCUCCUACAUAGAGUCAGUCUACCUGAUGGGCUGCGACCCGAAGGUUCCAAUUCAGCUUUUCGCCCUGAUGGCAACACGCAGUGCUCUCUGCAAACUUCAUGUUGUCGAAUUCAUGUGUCAAGGCAUACCCACAUCUAGUCUCAGCGAUGACGAGCGCGACGCCCUCUUUCUGACUGCCAUCAAGAUGCUAGAGUAUGACGAUGUGAUGUUUACUACGGAAAGUCUCCGCGGCUUCUUGUGGUACAUGCAGAUCCACGGACCCUUGCCGGGCUACAUCUUUCUCAUCAGCGAAUUGCGCGAACGAACAACGGGCGAGCUAUGUGAACGCGCAUGGAAAGCCAUCUGCAGCAAUCAUGAGCAUAGACAAUUCGUUCGCAACAUUGGAAACCCGAUGCAUGUUGCUUUCAUGCACGCUACACUCAGGGCCUGGGCUGCUCGGGAGGAAGCCGAGCUUCGACUUGGAAGAUCCCUCGAGCCACCUAAUCUUGUCACACUGCACAGACAGCUCACUGUAGACAUAAAAGCGUCUCGAAAAGGCCCUCAGCCAGCACAUAACGAAGGAGGUCUUGACUCCCCGCCUGUGGGUCGACAGUCUGGAUCAGGGAGAAUAGACCAGACUUCCGAAGCGAUCGUUGAUGACAACCUGAUGAUGCCCACUCUCGACCCUGCGACUGAUAUCUAUGGAGCUGCAUUCGGGAGUUACGAUCAGACGAAUUGGGCAUAUCUGAUGCAGCCUGGAGUGCUCGGCGAUUUUCUCCAUGGUUCGGGAACCCACUUCCCGCAGGGCGGUGGAUUCUGA